AUGAUCCAGCGGCACCAGCUGGUGCAGUCUGUGCUGCAGGAGCUCCAGGAGGCCACCGAAUGCUUUGGUCUGGAGGGUCUCACCAGCGCCGCGCUGGAGGCAGAGAGGACCCUGUCAUCCUUCUCCCUGCCCGGCUAUUGCGGGAGGCAAUUUCAAGAGGAGCUGGAAGUUGACCGAGUAGCCAGGAGCCUCUAUCCCGAGGAUGCCCCAAGUAACAUGCUGCCCCUGGUUUGCAAAGGGGAGGGGAACCGCCUCUUCGAGGCAGCCAGCGUGCUGCUCUGGGGCAACCCCAGCCUCAGCCUGGAGCUGCAGGUGCGUACGGUGGUGGAGAUGCUGCUGCACAAGCAGUACUACUUGAACGGCAUGAUUGACUCCAAGGUGAUGCUGCAGGCUGCCCGCUACUCCCUCUGCACCGAGGAGACCCCGGAGAUGACCAGCCUCCCCAUGGCUAUCCUGGAGGCUAUCUUUGAUGCCGAUAUCAAAGCUACCUGUUUCCCUGGCACCUUCGCCAACAUGUGGCAUGUCUACGCUCUUGCCUCAGUGCUGCAGUGUAACAUCUACUCCAUCUACCCCAUGAGCAACUUGAAGAUCCGGCCAUAUUUCAACCGCCUCAUCCGGCCCAGGAAGUGCGGCCCGCGGACCUCCACGCUCCACAUCAUGUGGUCGGGGCAGCAGCUUUCCAGGCAGGUCUUCAAAGCGCAGUACUUCGUGGCCGUGGUCGGUCUGGAGGAGCUGGAACCCACGAUGCCCUCGCCAGAGCCUCCCGUCCAGCCCAUGAAGACCCUCGAGCUGCUGAACAGCGACCCCCAGCUGACGUACUCCAACCUCCGUGACAGGUACAGCAUCACCAAGAGCACCUUCUACCGCUGGAAGCGCCAGUCUCGCGAGCACCGGCAGAAAGCAGCUGCCAGGUUUGCAGCCAAACACUUCCUUCAGUCCUGCUUCCAAGAGGGCAAUGUAGUCCCCCUCCAGCACUUCCGACAGAUGUUUCCGGAAAUCUCCCGGUCCACGUACUAUGCCUGGAAGCACGAGAUGCAGAGUGUGGUCAACGGAGAUGCCUCUGCUCUGGCUGAGGCCCAUGGGUUGCAGGAGCUUCACAGGGAUGUCCCAAAAAAGGCUGUGGAUGAGCCGGCAAAUUCAGAGGCAAGCUUUAGGCCCCCGAGUCCUUCCCUAGACCCAGUCCAAGCAGGGAUCUUCAUGCGAGGAGCCAAAUCCUACCUGGAGAAAUGCAUCUCCAUGAACACUCUGGUGCCUUACAGGUGCUUCAAGCGCAGCUUCCCCGGCAUCUCCAGGUCCACUUACUACAACUGGCGAAGAAAAGCAAUCAAGGAGAACCCCAACUUCAAGCCCCCUCAGUCUCCCUUGGAUAACCCCAAACCUCUAGCCAUAGGAAAACCACUCCUCCAGCUGAAGCCAAGCAGCUUGCCUGUUAGGAAGAGGCUGAACGGAGACCGGCCAGCGCCCAGGAGUCUCCUGCAGCUCAAGCCCUCUCUCUGCUGGAGGAAGCAGCUGCGAGACGUGGCCCGGAGGCAGGUCCAGCAGUGGCAGCUGCCAUUCAGCAAGUUUCGUCUGCGCUACCCAGCGCUCUCCUCCACAACCUACUGGUUUUGGAAGGGCAGCGGGCGGGCGCUCAGGCGGCAGCGCCUGCCCUGGGCCAGCUCCAGGCGGCUGUUGAAGCGGGUUGCUGCCCUGGGGCCGCAGAGGGCCGAGCUGGGUGUCAAGCCCCAGUUCCCCGUGGAGGUAGCGAGCAAGCAGCUAGAGAAGCCAGCGCCGGCCACCCCGUACAACGCCACCAUUUCGGGCUACGCUGUGUCGGAGCGAGCCAACAGCCGGAUGUUUGUGAUGGAUGUGAUCGCCACUGCCCAGUUCAAGGCGCAAGCCAAGCUGUUCCUGCAGCAGCGCUUCGAGUCGAAGACCUUCCCCACCUACAAGGAGUUCAGCGCCCGCUUCCCCCUCACGGCCCGCUCCACCUACUACAUGUGGAAGCGUGCCCUGCACGACGGGCUGACCCUCGUGGAUGCCUGA